CUCGUCCGUGUAAGUCAGGCAGGAGCUGUUGCCCGUUGCUGCGAUUUUGGCAUGAACUCCCCCUGUUCUUCUCAACGACAUUCCACCGACCUUUUUCGUGACAGAUUCAUGGCCAAUUUAGUCCUCUGUGUCAACAUCUGAGCCUCUCCUCCUACCGUUGUAGGAGACCAGUCAUCUCCUGAACCACGACACAUACCAACAUCUCGGCUGGCUAGGUCUAGGUAGCCACGAAAUGGAUCCUCGAUACCCGCGACCCUCACGGCCUUCGACCGGCUUCAUGACCACUCCUUCUCAAACACCAGCACCAUAUGGAAGAGACUCUUCGUACUUCUCCCAAUCAACUUCAAUAACGGGCACUGGCUCAACAAAUUCGAGAGCAAACGGCUCCCACGCGGCAACGCCGACGCCCUCUUUGACAGAAGACCUUGUCUCCGGUUCUGCCUGCACCUCAAGUUACGACUACCGUACUGAACCUAGUGGUACUAUGUCAAGAUCUCGCACGACCCGGCCGAGCACUUCUCACACCAGUCGCACGUCGCGAACCCCGUUUCUGCCCAACAGUGCCAAACACACCAUUGUGUGCGCGCUGAGCGAGGCUCGCGGAAUAACUCCUGCUGUCGGCAUUGUAUUCUUCAAUGUUGAUACCGGAGAAGCCAUUCUUGGCCAAAUCUCUGACAACAGGUUCUUCGUUCGAACUCUCCACAAACUUCAGAUCAUGGAGCCAACUCAUCUCCUGAUCGUCAGCUCCUGCUGCCCACCGAACCCCAAGUCAAGGCUUUACAGCCAUAUCGAAGAACAUAUGCCGGAUACGAAAAUCACAUCUCUUGAUCGAAAAUACUGGUCAGAGAUAGAUGGGCUCAAUCGUAUUCAAACCUUCGCGUUCCGAGAAGACGCAGAAGCUGUGAAGGUUGCUAUUCAAGGCAGCUUCUAUGCAACUUGCUCCUUUGCCGCGACCAUGAGUUUCUUGGAGAUUGAGUUCUCCGUACGUGUAGUUCCACAUUCUCUUCGCAUUCGAUACCAGCCCUCGGAAGAUACCAUGAUGAUUGACGUGUCCGCUAUCAUGUCUCUUGAGAUCCUACAAAACCGACGUCAAGAGACGUCUAAUGACAGCCUUUACGGUGUUCUCAAGCAUACACUGACACCCAUGGGCGGUCGGGUGCUUCGAAGUAAUCUACUGCAACCGUCUACGCUCAAAGAGUCAUACCUCGAGCCUAGGUAUGACGCUUUGGAGGAGCUACUUGCAAACCAAGACAUGUUUGCAGAGGUUCGAACAGCUUUGAAAGCUUUUCCUGACGUCGAGAAUAUGUUGACCAAGCUCGUCAUCAUCCCUAACAAACCGUCCGUUGAGGCUUCUGAAAGAGCCAUCAACCAUAUUCUCAUGGUCAAGACUUUUAUAGACGCCGUUCCGCCAGUUUUUCAGGCGCUAGGCUCUGCCACGUCUCCUCUUCUCACCAAAGUCAGAGAUCUAUGCCGGCCAGAAUUGACUGCAGCAGUCAGAGAGCUUGUGUAUGAGAACAUCCAUGAGGAUGUCCACUACGUGAAAAGCGCUCUUGAUCUACGAAACCAAAGAACAUUUGCCGUAAAGCCUGGAAUCAACGGGCUUCUCGAUGUUGCUAGACAAGCUUACAAAGAAAACACCGAUGACGUCCAUAAACAUGUCGAAGAGUUGAAUCGCGAGCACAGUAUCGAAGCCGUCCUAAGAUUCGAUAAUGGCCGCAAGUACAGCCUCCGAAUGCGGGCAGUGGACUUCGAGGACCGAGCUGUACCUGCGGUGCUUGUCAAUCAGACGAUGAAGGGUCGUUACAUCGAGUGUCUAACAAUUCAUCUCAAGAAACUGAACCAAAGAAUUACCGACUCUGUUGCUGAGGUGGUUAUGCUGAGCGACAAGGUAAUCCAGGACCUUAUUGACAGCAUUCGAACCCAAUUGCAGCCCCUCUACCGCGUCUGCGAUUCAAUCGCACUACUCGACAUGAUUGCAUCAUUUGCACAUGCAAGUUCGACGUAUGAUUGGAGAAGACCUGAAAUAUCAGAUACCCUAGCGCUUAAAGCUGCUAGGCAUCCCAUCAUGGACAAGACUAUGAAGGGUGGCUUUGUACCGAAUGAUUAUUACGCCACUGAGGAGCAUCGCUUCCAGGUUGUGACCGGCUGCAACAUGAGUGGGAAAAGCACUUAUAUCAGGAGUAUAUCUCUGCUCCAGAUCAUGGCACAAAUUGGCUGCUUCGUGCCCGUCGAAUACGCCAGUUUUCCCAUCAUUCACAACAUCUUCGCUCGGGUGACUACAGAUGACAACAUAGAGUCCAACAUGUCAAGUUUCUCGCUGGAGAUGAGAGAAGUGGCUUUUAUCCUUAGCAAUGUCACGCACAAGAGCAUCGUCAUCAUCGAUGAGCUAGGUCGAGCCACAAGCACCCGAGAUGGACUGGCUAUCGCGAUUGCCAUAGCCGAAGCCCUCAUACAGAGUCGAGCCAUUGUGUGGUUUGCAACUCACUUUACAGAGCUCGCCGACGUACUAGUUGAUCGCCCUGGAAUACUAAAUCUCCGUCUUGUCACGCAAGUUUCAACGACAGACAACCACGUACCCAAGAUGACCAUGAUGUACAAGGUAGAGUCCGGAAAGACUGAGGAGCUGCUCUAUGGCAUCACUCUUGCAAAGGCCAUGGCAUUUCCCAAGCGGUUCCUUGAGGUUGCGGAGCAAGUCGCCAUUUCAUUGCGUGAACAAAGGGAGCGGAAGAAGCAGUCUUCACAAGCGAGAAAGAUGCUCAACCGACGCAAGCUCAUCCUCAAUCUUCACGAACAGCUGAAACAGGUCAGCAACUCCAAGAUGGAUGAGUCAUCGAUGCGAAGCUACUUGAUACGUCUUCGUGAGGAGUUUGUCUUAAGGAUGGAGGCCAUUGAAAACGGGGGCAAUCAGAACAGCAGCACCGCCAGUGAGGCUGCAGAAGACGAUGAUGAUGAUGAUGGGGAGUUCGAUGACGAAGAUGUCUUCGAUACUGUAGAUGUCGAGUCUCUUUGGAGCAGCUGACUGUGAGACCUAUGGGCAAGUGAUCUGAAGAUGACUUCUGGAACAAAAAUGGUGCUGUCAUUGCGAGGUUGUGUGGCAAGGAUGGAUUCGGGCAUCUACUUUGCUGUUGUUCACGAGAUAGAUGUGGUUUUAGUCUACUUGCUGUAAGAUGAUCACACAAAAUUGAGCAAGAGGUUCAAACGCG